ACUUAAGACUGCUUUUGUGCUGCAGGGACACAUAUUUUGAUGUGUGGCACAUACCAGACUGAAAUACAGGUGAAUGAUGUAUUACUCCAGAUGUGAACAGUUCGACUGACUGACAGUGCUGUGAAAAAUCCCGCAAUCACUGAUUUCAAGCUUACAAACCAGCAGACCCCUCGAAACGCUCUUUCCAGCAUUAGUGAGAAGCCUAGACAAAAUACUGAAGAACUGCAGUCUCACUGAGCGCUCUCAACACGCCUCGAUCAUCUUACUGCAAAAUGGAAACAAACAGCGAAGUGUCGUUCGUAACGUGUUUAAUCUUGUCAAUGUGAGACCGUUCACACUGAUGCUUCACUCGAGCGGUUCAUUAUUAUGAGACCGCGUGCCGUUAACUGCUUUCGGCGCGGUUUCUGCGGUUUGAAUUUUGUCUCGACCCGCACCGUUGAGCGUCUGAUGACGCGGCGGCGUCUGAUUGGGUGUCCGCGGUCACGUGUCAGUGUGGGUCUGAUGAGCGGCCAUAUUAGUUCAGUUCAGUUCAUUCUUUCACGCGGCCGGACUCCGAGUAAGACUCACUCUCUCACACUCACUCAUUUCUUCACAGUUUACUGUUAUAUUGAUGCAGGACGCUGCAGCGUUUAAAGCAGAUCUGUUAGAGUUACACUCUGUUCGCUCGGUGCUUGGUUUCUGUACUUGAUCAGUCAGAAGUCGAGCGGCAGAAUGGCGAGCACUCCGGCCGGACAGCAGCCGUUGUCCCGCGGCAGCAGCACUCCUCUGAGCCCCGCGCGGAUCUCCCGCCUGCAGGAGAAGCAGGAGCUGCAGCAGCUCAACGACCGGCUGGCCGCCUACAUCGACACGGUCCGCCGUCUGGAGUCCGAGAACAGCGUCCUGCAGCUGCAGCUCAGCGAGCGCGAGGAGGUGCGGAGCCGCGAGGCCAGUGGCCUCAAAGCGCUCUACGAGACCGAGCUGGCGGACGCGCGCACGGCGCUGGAUGACACGGCGCGGGAGCGCGCACGCCUGCAGCUCGCGCUGGGCAAGAUAACGAGCGAGCACGAGCAGCUGCAGCACACGUAUGCCAAGAAGGACGCUGACCUCUCCAGCUCUCAGGCCCGACUGAAGGAAGCUGAAGCCCUGCUGAACUGUAAAGAGGCGGCGCUGAACACCGCUGUGUCUGAGAGGAAGGCGCUGGAGAGCAUGCUGACAGACCUGCAGCUUCACGUGCAGGAGCUGGAGGGAGGACUGAGCUCGGCUAAGAAGCAGCUGUCAGACGAGACUCUGCUGCGCGUGGAUCUGGAGAACCGCUGCCAGAGCCUCAUGGAGGAGCUGGACUUCAGGAAGAACAUGUUUGAAGAGGAGAUCAAGGACACACGGCACAGACACGAGACGCGUCUGGUGGAGGUGGACUCGGGCCGUCAGAUGGACUACGAGUUCAAACUGGCUGCGGCGCUGGCUGACAUGAGACAGCAGCACGAUGAGCAGGUCCAGCUCUACAAGGACGAGAUGGAGCAGACCUACAUGGCCAAACUGGAGAACGUGCGUCUGUCAUCGGAGAUGAACAGCUCUUCAGCGAGUAUGGCCCGCGAGGACCUGCAUGAGUCCAUGCUGAGAGUGGAGAGUCUGUCUGCUCAGCUCACUAACCUGCAGAAAGAGGCACGUGCGUGGCAGGAUCAGAUCCGUGAACUGGAGGCGGCUCUGAGCCGCGAGAAGGAUCUGAGCCGCAGGUUACUGGCAGAGAAAGAGCGAGAGAUCGCAGAGAUCAGAGCCAAGAUGCAGCAGCAGCUGGACGAGUACGAGCAACUGCUGGACGUCAAGCUAGCGCUGGACAUGGAGAUCAACGCUUACCGGAAGCUGCUGGAGGGAGAGGAGGAGAGGCUGAAGCUGUCUCCCAGCCCCUCAGCUCGUGUGACGGUGUCCCGGGCCUCCUCCAGCCGCAGCGUUCGCACCGUGCGAGGGAAGAGGAAGCGUGUGGAUGUGGAGGAGUCCGAGGCCAGCAGCAGCAUCAGCAUCGCUCACUCCGCGUCUGCCACUGGAAGCGUCUGCAUCGAUGAGCUGGACGUGGACGGGAAAUUCAUCCGCUUGCACAACAGCUCUGAGCAGGAUCAACCCAUGGCAGGAUUUCAGCUGACAAGGACUAUCGGGGAUGUUUCUGCUACGUAUAAAUUCACUGCUAAAUACGUGCUGAAGGCUGGACAGAAAGUAACGAUCUGGGCGUCUAAUGCAGGCGUGAGCUCCAGCCCUCCUGCAGACCUGAUCUGGAAGAGCCAGAGCUCAUGGGGGAGCGGCGAGAACGUUAAAGUGCUUCUGCUGAGCCCAGGAGGAGAGGAAGUGGCUGUGAGGAGCACAGUAUUCAGGACUGCAGUGGAGGAGGAAGAUGAGGAAGAACAGGAAGCUGAAAUCAUUGAGGAGCGUUUCUUUCACCAGCAGGAGGAUCCUCAUACCGCCAAGAGAGGCUGUGCGAUCAUGUGAUCAACUCUACAGCCAAUCAGAGCAGGCAGCUGAACCACCAUAAAGCUUCCUGUGUGGUCCUUUUUCUUUUCUUUAUUUUGUUAUUAUUAUGCUUUUUAAAGUCUUUUUCACUUCAGUUUGUUUUCAGAUUUUGUGAAAUGUUUAUCAGCCUGAAUUUAAAGAACCAAAUGUUUUUCUUUUCAUGUGCAAGUUGUAACUGUGAGGACUUUUUUCUAGACUCCUCCACGUCAGAUUCUGUGACUAACCCUUUUUUUUUUUUUUUUUAAAUCAUGUUUAUUAAUUUUAUAAGAUUGCAUUUUAGGUCUCUUUUAUAGACAGUUUUUAUAAUGGCUCAGUUUUUAGUGAGUUUAUUACAGACCGAUGCAUUUGCAUGCUAGUUUGAAUGAUAUUAAAGUUUGUGAUUGUAUUUAAAGCAGCUGUUCAAAAGUAAUUCACUACAUGAUCGCGGGCCUGACGCGUCUCUUCAGCAGCGCAUGCUCGACAGCCUGUCACAUGAUCCGCUCCAACUGCAAGACUUCACUCAGUCCUCAGAUUUCAGGGAAAUGUAGCACAAGUGACUUGGUUUUCUGUGUGUGAGGUGUAGGGUGUUUAUUAGACGUCAUGUAUGAACCGCUGUCAUUAUUCCUGCUGAAGAGAUGCAGUUUUGGGUCUCCUCUUUCUCUUUGACUGUAUAUUAGCACGCUGUGUCGGAUCUAAUAUGUUCGCUGGACGCAGUGGGGAAGCUAUGAAACCUCCAGAUUCAGUACUGUAUUUUUUUACAGAUUGUCAGAGCUGAAAUGUUUUGUAUUGCUUUCGUCUGUACUAUCUAACCAACACUAGCCUUACGCAUAUGUUUUAAUUUGAUGUUUAAUCUUUUAUUUUAAGAAUUGUCACAUGCAUGCUUUAUUUUUCUGCAGCCUUUAUAUUUCAAAUGAUCAAAUAAAGUGUUGACUAUUUUCA